AAUGAACCUCCACUUGUUCCAUCUCGAAUCCCUAUAAUUGGCCAUGCUUUUUCUUUUCAAAAAGAUCCGAAGAAGUUUCUUAAAAAAUUACGUAAACAGUAUGGUCAUAUAUUCUCCAUCUAUUUGUUUAGUCAAAUCAUUACAGUAGUUGAUAGUAAAUUUGCGCAUGAAGUUUUUAGUUCGAAAGAUCUGAGCUUCGAAGAAGCGCUGGAGGAUUGGAUUCCAUUAAAAAUCCAUUUUGGACUCAAACAAGGUUUUCUUGGAGAAACAUCGGAAGUUAUACGCAAAUAUUUGUAUUCAUCCAAAGAUAUAAACGUUUUCUCAGAAAGACUCGAGCGGACGUAUACUACAAUAAUUGAACGUCAAAUCGGAGAUUGUAAAAAACCAAAAAUGAUUGAUUCUCCCUUGCAAUUUAUGUCGGAAGUCUUUGCUCGUUCACUUGCUCGUAUUUUAUUUGAUGAGGAGCUUUGUAAUGAUCCAGAAAUUCUGGACGCUUUUAUUUCUUAUGGAAGUCCGAAGGGUGAUAACUUUUCAAAUUUCUCGCUACUAAACUUUAUACACCCGUGGUUUUAUCGAAAUAUCGUUUUGAAAUUCAUUUUUAAUCCUGGAAAGAAAAAUCGUGAUAUUUUAGUACGAAAAAUUAAACCGUACAUUGUGAAAAAAUUUGAAAACAAAAUCGAUAAUGAUGAAAAAGCGCAGGACUUUCUUCAAAUGAUCCUUAGCAUGCCAAGUUUCGACAAAAAUAAUAUUGAUUAUGAAAAUGUCGGAAACUAUAUUCUGCUUCUUGUGUUUGUUGCAAUUUUUACGACGUCAACCUUUUUCAACUCUGUAAUUCAUGAAUACGCGACUCGACCUGAGUACUGGCAAGAACUUCAAGACGAGCAAUUGAGCAUUAUGCAAGAAUACGGAAAUAGCCUUUCAUAUGAAUGUAUAUCCAAGAUGGAAAAAUUGGACAGUUUUGUAAAGGAAUCGGCGCGUAAUUAUGAAGAUAUACUUGGGAAUGACCAUAAAGUAAUUGGCAAGAAGUUUACUUUUUCUAACGGCAUAGAAGUUCCAUAUGGACGUCACGUUACUAUGGACAUGUCAAUGAUACAUGGUGAAGAAAGUGGAUAUUUGCCUAAUGCGGAUGUGUUCGAUGGAUUCCGUUACGUGGGAAAGGAUUCGCCUUUCACUCGUGUCAGUCGCGAUUGGCUCACUUUUGGACUGGGACGUCACGCUUGUCCUGGAAGAAAUUUUGCAACCCAUGGAAUUAAGGUUGUCCUCUCUCUUUUGAUUCGCAGGUAUAAGAUUACUACUAAAUCUGGACGAAAAACUCCGGCUAAAAUUAUAAUGGGAUUUGCAUUGCCAGUGGAAGAGACUUUGGUUUUUCAAAAUCUUUCACAAUUGUAUUAA